UGGCAAGAGAAAGGUCCUGAGUAGUUGAUUGAUUGAGAUGGAGAAUUUAGUUUGAAGUUGUAACUUCGAGGUUGUGCUGGUAAAUGUGCUGACACAAGUUUGGUCCAUGAGCAUUUUGACUUAAAAAAAAAAGAGCAAGAAAUACAACAGACAUUUUUACCAAAAGAACCCUUGUGUGUGUCAAAACUGACAGUGUGAAUGGUCCGUCCAUUUAACCGUCAAUUUCAGGCGACUAAACGCUGUCGUUAAUGUCCACUUUGACCUUCCUGACAAAUGUGUGGACAUUUUUAAGGAGGAGUUUGCUGAGGAGAUUCCGUCCACUACCAGUGUGAAGCUGAGAAGUCUGUGCGUAAAUCAAAGUGGGGUGAGUGCAUUUGCCUGCGUGGGGGGUGGGGCAGAGCAACAGAGUGAGAGUCUGCGGGCUGUAGCCGCAGAUGUGACAGGCGAGCUCCAGGAUCCACACGCACGGGGGUAAUUAGCGGCGGAUGCGUUAACGCGACAGACGUAGAUUAUGAGGAUUUGACCGGGAGAGGCGCGUGAAUCCGCGGUCCUGCAGGGAUUAAGCCAGGCGUCCCCAGUCCUCUGCUCCGCUGUGAUGGGCAUGGACCGGCGGCGUAGAGCCCUGAUGGCUCUCACCUUGAACUUCCUCGCCUUGUGCCUGGCCGUGUCGGCUCUCACCACCAGCUACUGGUGCGAGGGGACGCGGAAAGUGGUGAAGCCGUUCUGCCAGGGCCCGGUCUUCACCAAGCAGUCGUUCUGCAUCAUGUACAACAGCUCCAACAUCAAUGACACGCGCCUGGUACAGUACAUCUGGGAGACCGGGGAGGACAAGUACGUGAUGAGGAAGUUUCACACCGGGAUCUGGUUCUCCUGCGAGCAGAACAUCAACAUGACCGGGGAAAAAUGCAGAAGCUUCAUUUUUGUGGCUCCCUCAAAUGAAAGAGGAGUGCUAUGGCUGUGCAUUGUGGCUGAAUGUCUGUACAUCCUGCUGCUAGCCACAGGAGGCCUGCUCAUGUCUUUGGAAGUCUGUCACUUUGGUAAUGUCAUUGACGGUCUCAAGCUCAACGCCUUUGCUGCCAUUUUCACUGUGCUGUCAGGUUUGCUGGGGAUGGUGGCCCACAUGAUGUUCACCACAGCCUUCCAGCUGACCGUCAGUCUCGGCCCAGAGGACUGGAAGCCCCAAACAUGGGACUACAGCUGGUCAUAUAUCUUAGCGUGGAGCUCCUUCACAUCCUGCAUGGCAUCCUCAGUUACAACCAUUAACCGUUACACCAAAACCAUCCUGGAGUUCAAGCACAAGCGCAGAAACAUUGAGAAGAACCUCAAGAUCAAGCAGAAGCUGCUGGAGCUCGACUCUCCAGAGCAAAUGUGGGACAUGUACAUCAGCUCUGUGCCAAGCGCUGCAGAGGAGCUGCUGGACCUGUCAUCAAAUGGGCGGAAACUCUCCAACACUUCCCUUUUCCUGGACCUCAACGACUUGCCUGAUGCUCAGGGAGAGGAGUACUGCUAGAGAAAAGGAUUGGGCUUUCAGAGCAUCAAUGUGGCAGUCAAUCUGAUGCAUAUUCUUAAAGAGGUGUUCAAUGCUGCUGCAGAUGUUACUUUUUAGUGUGGCUUCAUUUAGGAACACUGUACAUUAUUGGGAAAAGGAGGAUGACUCUAAAUAACAGUUGAAAAUCUAAAAUCGUGAAGGGAAACAGACUCAACCCACCAUAGGUGCAGUCAGUCAUGAAUGUUUGGGCUGCAAUGCUUGCUGUAGUGAGUUGGUUGGACUUUAGCUCUGCAUGGCGUGGUGGAUGGGAUGCAUUUCUCCUCCUUCUGCAGGUACCUCAAAGACCUACUCCAAUAAAAACAUUUGUUUUUGGUGUUUCUAACAUGUUCUUGUAGCAUUUUUCUCAGGUCAUAAAUAACAAAUUGAGCUUUCUUUAUUUAAAUUGUAGCGAAUCAGUAACAGAUUAAAAAAAUUCCGUUUGAAAAAGUUCUUAGUUGUGGCACAGCAAUUGAAAUGUGGGAGCCCCAGUCCCCCUGCUCCUCUCCCUUCUGAUGCAUCACACUUGCAGAUAAACAGAUCCAUGAACAUCUGUGUCUUCCUGGUCUGAGCUGCACGGCUAGAUAGCUCUGAUAUUGCUCACAGGUUUUGCAGUUUCCUCUAGUGUUACCUUGGGGCUGUAAGCUAGCAGGAUAAAGUAUAAACAGAGGGAUGAUUCAAUAUUAACAGAGGCUUCCUUCUGCACCAACAGUCCUGCCCAAAACUCAGAGACGAAUUUCCUAUGUACUUCCUGCUGCUCUGCAGAAACUAUGUCCUUGGAAACUACACAGUUUUUUAUUUUGUUUUAUUGUAUUUAUUUUGGCUAAAAAGAUAACUAGGAGUGCUUUUACAACACACAAAAAUAUAGGAGUGGAACUUUAAAAUCUUCUUUUUGUUGUCAGAUGUCAAAUCUAACCACAGACACCCCAAAGCAGCAACUUGGUGCUUGGCUACCCUUCAGUUUCUGUUGCGCUUCAGCCCAGAAGUGAGAUGUUAGUAGCAGCUGUGAAAUUAGCUUUGAUGUUAGGGGUGAUGUUUUAUUUUGUAGGAAGCCAUGGAGAAGUUCAAUUCUUUUUGAAUAUUAUAGAGACAGCUGUGAGUCUGAGCAUAAUUUUCCUUGUAGCAGAGAAUGUUUGCUGCAUCAUCCACCUGUGAUUUGAAUGGAGGAGCGGCAAACCUGGAGGAAGGAGUUGUGGUUUAGAACUAUUUUUCUUACUGAUGUAUAAUUGGUAGAAGUGCAGAAACACUCCAUCCAUCCAUCCAUUUUCUUGACCGCUUCUUCCCUUCCAGGGUCGCGGGGGUGCC